UUUCCUUGCCAACUUGAAUUUUGAUAAACUAAAUGCAAUUAUUGAUCAUUGCUCGCAUCAAUAGCACUCAUCAAGAGGCGAUCCUAUAUGCAUGAGUACCAUUUUUAGUGACCCAACUGUUUCUCAAGCCUUAAUAUCUACCAAAAUCCCACGUUAAUUAUAUCUUGAGAAGUAUCACAGAUCAAACAUGGCCGACAGCAAAAUCCCAAGAAUGAUUCUCUCCAACCACCAGAGUAUGUCGGUGAUGGGCCUGGGCACCGCCGCGAUUGAAGUUCCGGGCGUAGCCACCAAGGCGGCAGUUAUAGAGGCAAUCAAAGUCGGUUACAGACACUUUGAUACUGCUUCAGCUUAUGGGACAGAGCAGCCACUAGGGGAAGCCAUAGAAGAAGCUCUCAAACUUGGUCUUGUCGUGUCCAGAGACGAACUCUUCAUCACUUCUAAGCUUUGGUUCACCGAUAAUCAUCCUGAUCGUGUCGUUCCUGCUCUCCAAAAAUCUCUUGGGUUACUAAAACUUGAAUAUCUAGACUUAUAUUUGAUCCACUUGCCCAUCAGUAUAAAGCCUGAGAGCAGCAAUUUUUUCCCAUCUAAAGAUAACAUAGUACCAUUAGACAUAGAAGGCGUUUGGGCAGCAAUGGAAGAGUGCCAAAAACUGGGUCUCACACAAUCAAUCGGAGUCAGUAAUUUCUCGGUGAAUAAACUUGAGAGUUUAUUGUCCGUUGCUACUAUUCCUCCUUCCGUGAAUCAAAUUCAAAUGAAUCCUUCAUGGCAACAAAAACAGCUGAGAGAAUACUGCAAAGAAAAGGGCAUACUUAUAACAGCAUAUUCUCCUCUCGGGGCUCCAGGUACAAGAUGGGGCGACAAUCGGAUCCUGGAAAACGAAGUGCUCAUUGACAUUGCUAAAUCUCAUGCCAAAUCGGUUGCUCAGGUAACUUUGAGAUGGCUGUAUGAGCAAGGAGUGAGUUUUGUUGUGAAGAGUCAUAACAAAGAGAGAAUGAAAGACAACAUAGAAAUAUUUGAUUGGUCGCUUACAGAAAAUGACUUGGAGAAGAUAAGUCAAAUCAAACAGACGAGAGCAAACAAUGAAGGGAACCCUUUAUUCGAUAACCUUCCAUGAUACUUGUAUCGUUAAAAACUUACACUUCCUCUGUUAAAAAAAUAUAAAAUAUAUUUAAUAAAAUUUUAUUUUUAAUAAAAUAGUUAUUUAUUUUUAAAUUAA